AGAAAUUUUUUUAAAUGAAAAACACAAUUUUCAAGCAUUUGUGAAAAAAAUAUCUUUAUUUGGAGCAAGAGAUAUUCCUGCUGCCGUUUAUAGCAUCUUGAGACAUCUGAUCACAGAAGAGGUGACAAAAAAUUACAGUUUUUAUGGAAAACGAAGCUUGAAGAGACCAUUUCAUAUUUUGAAAUUAAGAGCCUCUGUAGUUGAAGCUGUGCAGAUCUGCAUUGGAAGUGCAACACAAGUAGAAAUAUCCAAUUAUAUCAAAACGUGACUCGAACAUGCACCAGAUCGUCUCAGGAAAUCGACAAAAAUGAGUACUAGCAGUAAAUGAAUUAUUAGUUUUAUUGAGUUUCCACUUCAUCCAAGAUAUCUGGUAAAAUCCGUUAUAAAAUAAAAAAGUGUUUAUCGAAAAGGCAGGAUUAUAGGCGUGUGUCAGAAAAAGUUAAGGGUAUAUUAGACAAUAUUACACCUGAAUAUGAACAGCAUUUACAGCCAAGUAGGGUAAAGUGGGGUAGGUUGAGACAGAGGGCAGGUUGAAACAUUUUAAAUUCCCGCUUUUAGAGUCAUCCAAUUAGUGGCGCUACUACCCAAUUCUAACAUACCAUUAUAAGGCAUUCCAGACCACGUGAUCCAAUGUGGCGGAUGCAGGCAAACAUUGAUCUGUGGUCCAUUUGUUUUCGUCGCGCCGUCGUGUUUAGAUCGAAUUUCUGAAGAAUUUCUUCGUGUUUUGAGAGACAAGUGUGAUUUGAGAUGGAGAGUGAAUACCUUAAAUUAUUAUCAAGGGAAAAUCCAGUUGUUGCUGAAAGAUAUCGUUCGAAACUGGCGAUCAUAAAUGAUUUAGAUCCUUUUUCAUUGGAAGACCAGGACUUGGAUCACUCGUCGGAUAAUCUUCAAUCUGUAGGAUUUUUGGAUAUUGCUGCAUAUCUGACAUUAAGCCAUAGUUUUUAUACCAACCAACAGAUGAAGGCUUAUAAAAGUUUGCAGGCCUAUAAAUACUUCGAGGCGGGCUUUGUAUUGAAGGCAGGAACGAAGUAUAUUAACAAUUUGUGUAUUCUUGUUGGAAAGGUGAAGCAUUCGCAAAGAGCUAAUGAAAAAUGUUUAGAUGUAUGGAUAAUCCUUCAAAAAGAUGGAUCUGUGCUAACAGCCCAUUGCACAUGCAUGGCUGGCAGUGCUGAAGUAUGUAGCCAUGUCGGAGCAUUAUUGUUUGCAGCUGAGUUUGCAUUCAGAUCUAAAGAAGAAGGUGUUUCAAGUACAGAUACCUUGUGCACAUGGAAUAUGCCCUCAGCUUCUACAACUGUGCCUGUUCUACGUGUCAGGGAAAUAAACUGGGGAAGGACAUCUGUGAGUAAUUCAUAUCCUGGCAUGAAGAAUAUUGCACCAUUAACAAAAGAAGAGAAGUGCAAUAUUUUAAAGGAAAUUUCUGACUUAGGUCUCAGUUCUGCAAUGAUGAGAGUGGUAGAACCAUUCGCAACAAAAAUUUCUGAGCAGACAAAAGAGUCCUCUAUUGCCUUCGUAUUCGAUGUUUUUGAUGAGGCAAAUAUAAAUAAGAGCCACAUAGCUUAUGAAGAUGUCAAAAACAAUCGUUUUUAAUUUAUCUGAAGAAGACAUCGAUAAGAUUGAAGAAAUUACCAGAAAACAAUCCCAAUGUGAAAGCUGGUACAGACAUAGAGCUGGUCGAAUAACAGCAUCCAAAUUUAGGGCUAUUUGUAAGACAAACAAAGAAAAGCCUUCUUUGACUUUAAUCAAAAGUUUAUGUUACCCAACCCGAAUUUCUUUUAGCACAAAUGCAACUAUGUGGGGCAUUACCCAUGAAAAUGUGGCAGUACGGCAAUACCACUCUGAAAUGAGCGAGAUUCAUAGUGCUUUUUCCAUAAGUGAGGUGGGACUCAUGAUUUCCAAGGAAUAUCAACAGUUGGCUGCAUCACCUGACCGUUUGGUAUUUUGCAACUGUUGUGAAGGGGGCUGCCUGGAAAUUAAGUGUCCCUAUUUACUGCACACUAAGGAGAUUACUUCUUUGGAGGAUUAUUUAAAAUGAAAAAACUGCUGUUUGACCAAACAGCAGGGUGAAAUAAUAUUAAAAAAAGAUCACCAAUAUUAUUUCCAGGUGCAAAUGCAGAUAUUCGUUUCCACAUUAUCGUACUCCAAUUUGUUGUGUGGUCACCAAAUUUGUUUUUUAAACAGAGGAUACUACCUGAUAAUGAAUUGUGGAAUGGAAAUUUUAGAACAGCAAUCAAAUUUCAUUCUGAAAUUAUUCUCCCCGAGCUGUUGGGUAGAUAUUUCACCAGAAGGGAAGGCACUGCUACAGUGGAGUAUUGGUGCACUUGUAAAGGGGUUGAUGAUGGAAGACCUAUGAUAAAGUGCGAUAGGGACACCUGUGAAACCGAAUGGUUUCAUUUUGAUUGCGUUGGCUUGAGUGAUACUCCAAAGGAUCCAUGGAGAUGCGUACAGUGUGAAAACCGUUGAUAUGUUGUCCUAUAAUUUAUUGUAUUGUUUUUGC